GUCGAGGGUUGUAUAUUGUGCACCGCCAUCACAUCGUCGUCGCCCUCGCCGUCCCCGUCCCCGUCCCCGUCUCCGCCGCCAUGGCAUCUCUGCGUCUCGCUGUGCCUCGCGCCGGCUUCUCCCUCCAUUCCCGUCAACUGCAGCAUCUGCGGAUCCUUCCAGCAGUGCGACAUGCCUCGACGGACAAGCCCACGCCUCCCAAACCGCGGGUCUUGGAGAAGCCAGACAAGUUCCGGCCGCCAUCGCAUCCCGCAAGGCUGCGAAGCAAGACAAGAUAUACAUAUGGACCCGAUUUGACGCCGACGCAGAGGACGAGGCGCUAUCCACACAUGAUGCCGCCCGAAGGGACAUUCAUGCAUUGGUUCUUGACGAAUCGCGUAAUUCAUCUGUGGAUCUCAUUGGGCAUUCUUGUAUCCCUCGUUAUUGGCGUUUGGAUCAGCGACUUCCUCCACAAUACUCCGUAUUAUGAUAUGCUGCCUCCUCGGAGCAUGUUCUUCUCGCACCCAAUUGCCUAUAUUAGCCGCUGGCUAGAGACAUACAAUUUACAUGUGGCAUUUGUGACGGCUCAGACAGCCGAGAAGCGCAGGCAAAAAGUUGAUGAUGUGAGAAAACGGUCAGAAUAUCGCAAAGCACAUGGCUUGGAUCAGGCAGAGGGUGGACUGUUCGGAGGAUGGAGUGCAAAGGGUGAUGACGAGAGCAUGGGACCUGCACUUCGAGAGGACAAUGUGCGGCUCGCUGGUCAACAGGGUUUGGGAGCAAAUACCAAUCUGGGCGAAGAAUCUAAAAACACAGUGGUGGGUCAGGCUGGCGAGAGUAAAGAGACAUAUGUGGACUUUGAAGGGAAGCAGCAGCCCGUACAGAAGAAGUGGUUUGGGCUGUUCUAGGUCAAUGGCCAACAACCAUGUUCGAGGCUUUCCUUUAAGAAGACGGAACAACCUGCGUGAUACUCCUUCAUGUUGGUGUCCUGGCGAUCCCACGACGGCAGACAUCCACAAUGUGGUGUCCCUCUCCAGAGUCCAUCUAACACCGGCAGUAUCACAAGUGGUGUGGCUGACCUGGACAUCAUGAUGCUGAUCAGCAUUGUCGUGAUACCCGCCCCUAGGAAGUCCCAGCUCGGCGCAGAUACCGACUUGUUUUCUGACGCCCUCCAGAUUGCGCUUGUAGCGAAUUGCUACUGUUGCGUGACUCGAUAGGUCAGCCAUCCUACGAGACUUGCACCCGUCACAUCCAUGCGCUGCGGUCAGCUGGAUCUGUGACUUUGAAAUGUCCAAGGCAAACUGUGCCAAAUAGUAAGAACAUGUAGCAAAUAGGAGAAGUCUGCGCAUGCACACAUAAAUCAGAAGCAAACAUGCAGCCCCUGGAGGAAUCCGCGGGAAUCCUCCUCAGACGGGGCAGAAUAAAAAGUAGAGC